UCAGUCUCUUUUGGUCAUCAUAACACUGGCCCCGAAUCUGUUCGUUCUAUGCUGCUAGCCUCUUAUGAAUGGGUGAAGUGCAGUGGCCAGGGAACCCUGAAGAGGAGGAUGGUGUCCUGGGGCCCAGAGCUGGGGCUUUAGCAGAAAAGGCAGAAGCUCUUUGGUUCCUUUUAGCAGUUUAUGCCACAGAGCCAGCCACACGCUGCUUGGCUGCUGCUCAGGUCACACUUCCUGUUUGCCGCUGAGACCCAAGUGGAACUUUGAGUGAAAGAUGAAGGAGUGGGUAGAGCCUCCUAACCAAAUUGUACCAGUCAGAGGUGGAAAGACAUCCAAAUAGGCUAAACUUUCCCUUUGUAGCUAGGGAAACUGAGGUGAACAGAGGUCUAAAGCGUGUGAGAACCUGUCCUGGCUCCUAUAGUUUGCCAGAGUCCUGAUUUGAGAUUAUGAAACCCUCAGAUGAGUCCACGUUUCCACAUUCCACAGCUGAGGGAUUGGGGCUGGCACAGGUGUCUGUCUAGGCUGGGAGGAGACUUCGUGAGAUGAGCUCUGUGAACAAACUAUUUUCAAGUCCACACCAGCAAGCACACUGGAAACCUGCUCUUCUGGCUGACGGGCAGUUUAUAUCUACCACAGGAGUGUGUGUGGGGUGGACGGACAUCAAGCAGUCAGUUGCACGUGUCCAGACAGUGGCCGGAGCAUGAGGGGGAGUAACCUGACAAGUGACUUCCUGGCAGUGAGUGGCUGAAACCUGGGGGGAGUUGGAAUCCUGUACCUUCCCUUCCCCUGAGCCCUGCCUCCUUCGGCAGGCCGGAGCUUGAUAGAACUCGGUUGCUUUGCUGUUUGCUUUGGAGGGAACACAGCGGACGAUGAGGCUGACUUUGAACUCAAGAGAUCUGCUUACCCUAAUCUCCUGGAACUAAAGGCCUCUACCACCUUGCCUGGACCUAAGAGUUUCAUGGUCACUAUGCUUCAAGAUCUCCAUGUCAAGAUCUCCAUGUCAAGAUCCAAGUCAGAAACAAAUCUUCCAUCCUCAAGACUGGGAUCACAGGAGAAAAUAAUGAAUGUCAAGGGAAAAGUAAUCCUGUCGAUGCUGAUUGUCUCAACCGUGGUUGUCGUGUUUUGGGAAUAUGUCAACAGCUCAGAAGGCUCUUUCUUGUGGAUAUAUCACACAAAAAUUCCAGAGGUGGGUGAGAGCAGACGUCAGAAGGACUGGUGGUUCCCAAGCUGGUUUAAAAAUGGGACCCACAGUUUUCAAGAGGAGGACAUGGAAAGACGGAGAGAAAAGGGGAAAAAUGGAGACAGCAUUGAAGAGCCUCAGCUAUGGGACUGGUUCUAUCCAAAGAACCGCCCGGAGGUUUUGACGGUGACCCCGUGGAAGGCCCCGAUUGUCUGGGAAGGCACUUAUGACACAGCUCUGCUGGAAAAGCACUAUGCCAGACAGAAACUCACUGUGGGGCUGACAGUUUUUGCUGUGGGAAAAUACAUUGAGCAUUACUUAGAGGACUUUCUGGAGUCUGCUGACAGGUACUUCAUGGUUGGCCACAGGGUCAUAUUUUACGUCAUGAUGGACGACACCUCCAGAAUGCCUGUCAUCCAUCUGAGUCCUCUGCAUUCCUUGCAAGUAUUUGAGAUCAGGUCUGAGAAAAGAUGGCAGGACAUCAGCAUGAUGAGAAUGAAGACCAUCGGGGAACACAUUCUGAACCACAUACAACACGAGGUCGACUUCCUCUUCUGCAUGGACGUGGAUCAAGUCUUUCAAGACAACUUUGGUGUGGAAACUCUGGGCCAGUUGGUAGCUCAGCUCCAGGCCUGGUGGUACAAGGCCAGUCCUGAUGAGUUUACCUAUGAGAGGCGGGAACUGUCGGCAGCAUAUAUUCCAUUCGGAGAGGGGGAUUUUUACUACCACGCGGCCAUUUUUGGAGGAACGCCCAUUCACAUUCUCAACCUCACCAGGGAGUGUUUUAAGGGGAUCCUCCAGGACAAGAAACAUGACAUAGAAGCUGAAUGGCAUGACGAGAGCCAUCUCAACAAAUACUUCCUUUUCAACAAACCCACCAAAAUCCUAUCUCCAGAGUAUUGCUGGGACUAUCAGAUAGGCCUGCCUUCAGAUAUUAAAAAUGUCAAGAUAGCUUGGCAGACAAAAGAGUAUAAUUUGGUUAGAAAUAAUGUCUGACUUCAAAUUGUGAUGGAAACUUGACACUAUUAUUCUGGCUAAUUCCUCAAAAAAGUAGUAACACUUGAUUUCAACUUUAAAAAAGAAAAAACAAAACCUACCACCAUGGCAAACACAUAUGAUUUCUCCUAACACCUUGAGCCUAUAAUAAUAUGUGAGAAAGAGUCUAUGCAAGUAAUCAGGUAUAAACUCUCAAUGAUUUCUUAUAUAGUCUGGGUUUGGGGGAAGUUUGAUUUUAGAAAUCAAAAUUAAUUUGCCAAAGGAAAAGAAGGCGCUGGGACCUUCUGCCCAAUCUGUUAGAUAACUCACUGCAAGCCAGGUGCUGAGAGAAGCAUUUGGGAACAGGAUGGGUUGGGUCAGAGUUGGGGGCUCCGUCCUCUUGGUUUCAUUGUCUUCCUCGUCAUGGAGAUUCGAGGGUAACACAGAGAGGCUUUGCCGCCAGAGAACUUUACUAAGGACACCAAUAUGCUCAUCGGUCUGUAAAAGCUGAUGGCUUCCAGGAGCUGCUGGCAGUCCAGGCCCCAUUAGGCCAUUGUUUGCCUCCUGGGCAUAAAUUCAGAGUCCAGGAAAUAUAUAUGGUGGGGGCGAACACUUAGAGGCUGUGCUCUGGUAGAGGGAUAUAGAGCCUGGGGUUGGUGCUUGAACUGAGUUACAAACACAGACAGCUUUCUUCACAAUGACUAACAGCAGGAGUUGAAUGGAAAGUGUGUUUAUUUUGUUUUGUCCAAAUCAUAUUCACAUUGUUAGCUUUGUGUGUUGAACCAUGCGGAGAGGGUGUGGGUGUAUCAGGGAGGGAGAGUACCUCAGCGGACUGAGGACUAGGACCCAGUUUUUAUCAGAAGACAAUCUGUCAUCAUCUGGGCCUGCCACCUGCUCUGAACCUCAAAGUUCCUCAUCCCAUCGAGUUCCAGUGUGGGGGACUGACACGGAGCAGGUGACUGAAGACAAAGCCCUCUGUCACAUGGCCUCAUUUCCCCUGCUCUCUGUACUAUGCAAGUGUGACAGCCAGGCAGAUGUACUGGACAAUGUGGGUAACUGGCUUUAUGGCAAUGGGAGACGCAGUCACUCUGAUGGAGCUGCUCAAGGUUCAGGUCUCUGCUCUGAGAGAGCUGCAGGAGCCACCGUAUCAGGGAUUCUCAACCUGUGGGUCCCGACCCCUUUGGGAGUGUGUUGAAUGACCUUUUCACGGGGUCACCAAAGAUGGUUAAAAAACAUAGAUCUUUCCAUUAUGAUUUGUAACAGUAACAAGACUACAGUUAUAAAGUAGCAAUGAAAAUAGUUCUAGGGCUGGGAGUCAUCCGUAUCAUGGGGAGCAGCUGCAUUAGGUCACAGCAUUAGGAAAGCUGAGAACCAUUGUUCAAUAUGGGUAUUUAAGCAAAGCAGUGUAAAGGUGUUGUCAAUCCGUAUUUCUGCGUAUGUGUAUAUUUAUACUUUGCUUGUCUUGAGUUUAGGUCAUCUGUUUCUACCUUUAAUCAGCUUAUUUAAAAAGCCAUUGCACACUCUUGGUGGACAGUAGGAGGGACUUCAAAUUCCACCUCUUACUUUUCACUUGUUAACAACAACAACAACAACAACAAAGUCACACACCCAGAGGCAACAAAACCCACAGAGUUCCUGAAUGGAUGGAGUCGCCAAAGGAAGUGGAGCCUGCACAUCUGUUAAGAAUUCUGCCUGUCUAUCACUCAUGUUUGCUGGAUCAAUCUAAAGUAGGACAGUUAAAUGGUCCUGAACCAAAGAAAUAAUCUGUUCUGAAAGUGUGGGAAAUGGGCUGGAGGAAUCUUGAAGGAGUUGAUUUUUUUAAAAUAAAAUUCGCCUAAGUAUAAAUCCCUAAUGAGUAAAUUUAGGAUUUUAGACUUUUUUUUUUAAUAAAAAAAUUCUGGUUACAAUUGAAUAAAUUAUUUUCUCAGUA